AUGUGUCGUCCACAUCAUCUUCCAGUAUUUGUCCGUCUUCCAAUCACAAUGGAAAUAAUACAUCAUCGCUUUCAAAAGCUCAAGUUCGUUGAACGUAAUGGACAGCAAAUAAAUUUGUUAACAGCGGGAGCUGAUCGAAAUCAUUUAAUUUUAUACGUCACAUUAAUAAUGGAUAUUGUUUAUAUUGAUGCCAAUCAAAUAGUUAAGCUGGAUAAAGCGGUUAGAUCUCGCUUCAAAUUGAAUAAAAAACAAUUAGCUGCUGAAUCGCCACGUCUACAUGAAUGUUUCUUGCAAAAAAGACGUAAUUUGAUUAAAAUUUAUAGUCAACAACCAUCAACCCCUAAACGAGAAAAACGAUCCUGUACACCACGAUUAAAAAGAUGUGAUGAUUUAGCAGCUUAUAAUCAGCUCCCAAAUCUACGUAUUUAUGGUGUUAAAAAAGAACCUCAAAAAAAUACGGAUCAAACUGUCAUCGGGAUAUGUGCAUCGAUCGAUGUUGUUAUACCUGACGAACACAUUAGUGUUAGUCAUCGUAUUGGUCGUAAUAAGAAUGGCAGAAAAUGUCGUGCUACUGUCGUGCGUUUUGUUCAUUGGCGUACCCGUCAGUUCAUUCCCAUUAACAAGAAACAGCUAGACAGAAACAUAUCGAUAAGUGAGGAUUUAGCAUUGACGAAUUUAACUAUAUUUAAAUAUGCACGAUUAAAAGUAGAAAAGAAACAAGUGUACAUGUGGAACGAACUGGUCAUGUACAAUGAUGGAAUUAAACGUAUUUGUUUAAACUCGACUGGUCAUGUUAAUUCAUCUAUAGAUGGAAAGGAAGAUGAGGACUGA